ACCGAUGACGUCACCGCAGUCACAUGAACGCCGGCGAGCGUUACGCAAGCGGCUUCAGUGGGAACCACGUUUUUUUUUUUUAUUUUUAUUUUGAAAACAACUUUUGACGGCCUUGUCGCAAUAUUUUCGAACCAUCCGUACAGUAAUGUUUACCCCCCCCCCCCCAAAAAAAAAAGUAGUCACUCCAAAGCGAUUCUCGUGAAGCUAUUUCGUAGAAUGGAAGACGUCGUUAGCAUGUAGCUAAAGUCAAUCCUAUUCUUUCAUGCGCGUGUCACGUUUCGGGCUAAUGUAUUAAUUUGUGGAGGGCUUCUUUUUUUUUUUUUUACGCCGUAAAUCCCGUCCGUUGUGGACGGGAUCCGCGUUUUGGGUCUCUCCGUUGCGCGCGUGUGUGUGUGUGUGUGUAUGGGCGUUUACUGGGCGCUGCGUGAUUCACAAACCUUAUUUGUUCCUACUACUUUGAGCGCCAUCUUGUCGCUAACUUCUCCCCACUAGUGCUAGUUUCUACUCAAGCGGGUGUCCGCUUGCUUCUAUCCUUCAACUGGCAUCUGUGGCGCUGGCUUAUUAUUAUUAUUAUUCUUUUUUUUUUUUUACAUAAUCCCCGUUUUUUUUUUUCAAGUUUUGUACAGUGGGACUCCCCCCCCCCCUCAAGCGGGCAGAAAUGAGCAUCGAAACGCUUCUGGAAGCUGCCAAGUUUUUGGAAUUGCAAGCCCAGCAACAACAGAUAGCACGUGGGGAUGAAGCGAAAGAGAAUCUCCUGGAUCUGGAUCCGCUACCAGAGCCAAGACAGACCGACGUGAACAAGUCCAAGUGCCGAGGCCACGUCAACAAUGUUUUUAAAGCGGAGGAGCUGAUCACGGAGCGCCCCCCGGCCCCCGUCCCGCCCUCUCUGCCUCCUCCCGCCGUGCCCGUCGCGGUCAUCCCCAUCCCGGUUGUCAAACCCAACCCGGCGGGCUCCCCUUCUGUCCCCGUGGCGUUGCUCUCCCGCCCCGCCGCUCCCCCGCUGGCCUCCCCCAAAAGGGAGCCCCCUUCUCCUCAGGAACAAGGUGUCGUAGCUCCGCCGCUUUCUCCCCAACACAAACCGGACGACCUGAAUCACAAACUGCAUACGCAGAACCACCACCAUCACCCAACGCAGCUCCUCGCCCAAACCAUCAGCGCUAACGUACAGCAGCAGCAGACGCAGCAACAACAACUCCUUCAGCGCUAUCCCGGUUCCAUCGUGUCGCCCCCCCAUCAGGCCGCACUGUCCUCCCAGCCCCUGCAGCCGGCGAACGGCCCCAGCAGUCGGGGGAGUCCUCCCGACGACGGACGUCUACUCGACCAGAAGAAACGACCUGGCGGGGCAGGCACGAGGGAAGUGCACAACAAGCUGGAGAAGAACAGACGAGCCCACUUGAAGGAGUGCUUCGAAACCCUGAAAAAGAACAUCCCCAACAUCGAUGAAAAGAAGACCUCCAACCUGAGUGUGCUGAGAAGUGCGCUGAGAUACAUCCAGACGCUGAAGCGCAAGGAGAAGGAGUACGAGCACGACAUGGAGCGUCUGGCGCGGGAGAAAAUCGCCACGCAGCAGCACUUGGAGGAGCUGAAGAACGAGCUGAGCCAGUGGAUGGACGUGGUGGAGAUCGAGCGCGUCCUGCGGCAGACGGCGCAGCCCGAGGAGGACCAGGCGUCCACGUCGACGGCGUCAGAAGGCGAAGAGGUGAUGGAGGACGAGGACGAGGACGACGACGUCCCGGCGAGAGCGCCGAGCCCGUCGCCCGCCGCCCCCCAGGCCCACAAAGCGGACCCCCUCCAGCAGACGGCGGCGCACACCUUGACUGUGACCGGCCCCGCCUCUUCCUUCCUGGCCCGUCACGCGUCGGCCCCGCCGGCGCCCCCCGCCGCCGCCGGCCAGCCCGCCUUGCACCCCACCGUCAUCGCCCACGCGUCCGUCUCCCACCCGUCCGUCAUCCAAGCGGUCAACCACGUCAUCCAGGCGGGGGCGCCCGGGCAGCCGCCCAUCGGCCACAUCACCGUGCACCCGGUGGCCCACCUGAGCCCCCACCUGCCCGCCCUCUACCCGCAGCCCGUGGCCGUCACUCAGCCCGCCUUGAUCAGCCACAUCGCCCACACCCUGGGCCACGUCAACGGCGCCGCCGGGCAACCUUCCGCCGCCGUGGUCAACAAACAGACGGUGGUGGCCCACCACCCGCAGCUGGUGGGCCAGACUGUCCUGAACCCCGUCACCAUGGUGACGAUGCCCUCCUUCCCCAUCAGCACUCUCAAGCUCGCCUGAACGGGCCGCGCGGACCCCUGAGCGGAGCUCACCGGAUCCCGGUCGGACACCGGCGCUGCCGCUUCUCGUCGGGACGGGGGGCCGGGGGGCCGGGACCGGAGGGCCCCGCUGCCUACAGACCGACCGAAGGGGCGGGCUCAACGUGACAUAAGAAGCAGUUGAGAAUGGGAGGCUCCAGAAGCCCCGCCCCUCCGCAAGCCGCAAGCAGGCUCCGGUGCGGCCCGCAAACGCCGGACUGGACUCGAAAUUACGGAGCUGCAGUGUCGGGGGGGACGCGUGGGGCAAAAGCGCCCCCUGCUGUCCACAAAAGGUCGGUUUACCUCACCUUUGCGCUCGCUGCCCUCGGUUGGCUCGCUCUGGUCACCUGAUCACACUAAAUCAUUUUUCCCCCGACCUUUAUUGAGGCGAGGCACAUAUUUUACAUAAUGGGGGGGGGGGGGGAAUCUCACAGCACACCACCAAACCAAAAAUGUCGACUUUCUCACACCCAAGAGGCGGAAAAAGUAUUCAGUUGUUCUGCCUGCCGCUACACAUCGCCGGCACAGAGAGGUGAUACAUAAUUAAUAAUUCACAAUCAGACAAAAUGUGAAAUCGGAUCAUUGAAACGGGUCGAUCCGAGCUCUCAGCUUCUAUAAGGGAAGGCGGAAGAUUGCAGUCAACUUUGAAGUCAUAAAGUAAGACAUUUGGAACGUAAAGAAGAAGAAGAAGAACCCCUCGCGGGUUUUGGGUUUGGACUCUUUCGCUCGGGAAAGCUGACUUCUCGCUACCGGCGCCGAACGUGAACGUCAAAAACGAUCCCGGCCGUCUUUAACGUGGCGCUUCGAACGACUGACGGCCGCCGCGCUCUCUAAAUUGGGAUUUGUGAAAAGAUAUGAUCAGCGCGCCCCCCCCCCCACCUCCAAUUGUGUGUUUUUUUUAAUAUAUAUAUAUAUGAAAAAGAUGUAUAUUUACUCUUGUGUUUGUAAACAUUUUUUUGUUGUUCAGUGUACAUUUUAUUGGGACCAGAGAGAGUUUACAAAGCAGCCGACGACUGCUGGCCACUUCUGAAAUCUUCUCCGCGUGCUUUUUACGUUGGCGGGUUUUGUUGCCAGCCGAAAAAUGAUUGGAAACAUAACGGAAAGAUAAUCCCGCAACAAAUUCAGUUUGGAAUCAUAUUGGAGCCCAACACAAUGCGGAAAAGUGGUCGGUGACGCUGGUGGACACGAACAAUAUUGCGUUUUCCCUAUGGCGAAAGUUGUACCUGGAAAUGAGCCUGAAAAAAGAUGGGCCGCAUUCAAUUUUAGACAUUUCGAAAGACGCUGGGAAAUGGACGGCAGAAAAACGAUAUGAAUCAUGACGAAAUAAAAUGUAUUUGGCGGAAAGUCUGAUG